UUAGACGCUAAGGAAAUUCGUCGUUGCUAAUGUCGACGUCGAUGCAUUCAAUUAUGCCAGAUCUGGCCACACUACGUGCGAUAAAGCUUCGUAACUAAUGUUGAAUAUAGACGGAAUUACUAAUCUUGUCCUGUCGGUCGAACGGAUCUAUAGAUUAUAAGCGUUCGUUUUCGUGGGCUUAAUUUGUAUGAUAAUUGGUGGAUCGAAUUCAUUGCGAUUAAAAACAAAUCCACCCGUCACAAUGGCUACCUCAUCCGGUGCUUUAACAGUGGAAGUCUUGCCCAAAUUACGUACAAGUUUUUACAAUGAUCCGAAUAACUGCUUAGCACAAAAUAUAUGUACAAGGAUCAAUCCCAUAGAAGCUUGUAUUUCACGAAAAGUAUUGGAAGAGAGUCAACACGUCUUCACCCAUAAGAUCGAAACAGAGGGGAAGCCCAUAACGAAUCAGAAACGUUCCGGGCGGUGUUGGAUAUUUUCUAUCUUAAACGUUAUCAGAACUGCCUUUAUCAAGCAAUACAAUUUGGACGAAUUUGAAUUUAGUCAAGCUUAUUUAUUUUUCUGGGAUAAAGUUGAACGGUGCAACUAUUUUUUACAUAAUAUUGUAAAAAGCGCGGAACGGAAGGAACCGGUGGAUGGUCGCUUGGUAUCGUUUCUGUUACACGACCCGGUUUGCGACGGCGGACAAUGGGACAUGAUCGUUAAUCUUAUAAAUAAAUAUGGUCUCGUCCCGAAAGUCUGCUUCCCAGAAUCGUACAGUUGCGAAUCUAGUUCCCGCAUGAACAGUAUAUUGAAAAGUAAACUGAGAGAAUACUCUAGCGAUUUAAGGGACUUGGUAGCAAAGAAUGCGUCCGACGAAGAGUUAGAAUCUCAGAUCAGGGAACAAAUGGUAGUAAUUUAUCGAAUUAUUGGAAUCUGUUUGGGCAUACCUUCGGAGACUAUCACGUGGGAAUAUUACGAUAAAUCGAAGAAUUACAAUUGUAUCGGUCCAAUCACACCUGUCGAAUUCUACGAGAAACAUGUAAAACCAUAUUAUAAUGUAAAUGAUAAAGUAUGCUUGGUAACAGAUCCGAGAGAAUCCCAUCCAUAUAGUAAACUUUAUACGAUAGAUUGUUUAGGGAAUGUAGUGGGUGGAAGACUGACGUUGUACAAUAACCAACCAGCCGCGGUGUUAAUGGAAUUAUGCGCGGAGAGUAUAAAACAAAACGAGCCCGUGUGGUUUGGAUGCGACGUAAGCAAAAGAUUAAUAGGCAAACAAGGUAUAGAGGAUAUGAACGCUUAUAAUUUUGGUCUGAUGUUUGGAACGAAUGUACAUGUUAAUCUUUCGAAAGGAGAUAGAUUACUUUACGGAGAUUCUAUGAUGGUCCACGCGAUGGUAUUCACGGCUGUUUCGAUCGAUAAGGAUGGCAACAUUAAAAAAUUCCGGGUGGAAAAUUCUUGGGGGGAAGAUCAUGGACAGAAAGGAUAUCAAUUGUUGACCGCUGAAUGGUUUUCUGAAUUCGUGUUCGAGGCAGUUAUCGAUAAAAAAUUAGUACCCGCGGAUAUUUUGUCUGUAUUUAAACAAGAACCCAUUACCUUGCCCGCGUGGGAUCCGAUGGGUACCCUUGCUCACUGAUAAUAGGCUGCAACCUUAAACAUUCGAAGAUGAAGAUUUUUGAUGAGUAACAUAUGUAUAAAACACUGAGGAUAUGAACAUAAAAUAAAAUUUCAAGCAUUCUGGUACUACA